AUUUAGGGACAGGUGUUUGUUUUUAUUUUUGUUUACAUAUAUUUAGUUAUACACUGUUGUUGAAAACAAUCUAAAUUUUAAUAUACGCCGGAAGAACAGUUUUUAAUAAUUUGCUGAGCUAUACUCUUAUUGUUUAAGUUGUGAUCUAUGACUUCUUUUAAUACCGACUUGUCAAAGCCCAUAUGUCGAGUUUGUUUACAAAACAAUCAAGGUGAAGAAAUGUCUUCAAUUUUUGAUGUGGACUCGGAAUUUGAUGAUCUGCAUAUCUACGAAAAAAUUGAACAAUGCGCUGAUAUUAAGAUAAUACGCCAUGAUAAGAUACCCACCUUAAUAUGCGGUGAAUGCUAUGGAUUUUUAAACGUUUCCUAUAAAUUCCGAACUGUUUGUCGUAAUUCUAAUGAAUAUUUAAAAAAAAUUGUUGUUAGUGGCAAGUCCACUCCUUUACUGCCAGAAGAAUCUGCGCUCAAUGAUAAUCCACUGCUAAUUGAAGAAAACGCCAAUAAAAAGAGAGGGGAAGGAACACAGUACCAAACAAGACAAACGCAAAAGGCUUCUCCCAAUCCCCCUAUAAUGGAGAACAUAGAAACUAAACAAGAUUUUAUUAAAAAUGAGAACGAUUCCAAUUCACCCAUCAAUUUCGAAGACUUCAAUGAUCUUCAUGAUUUAGAUGAUGAUGAAGUGUGGUUGGAUCAAGAUUACCAAGAUGAUGAUGAUUGUGAUGUGUCAAUCGGUUCAUUACAAUUGGAUGUCAAGGAUGAAGAUGACGAUUUCGAUGAACCUAAGAAAUCUCUUAAGAGCAAUAAAAAAUCUACCGCAAAAAAGAAAAUAGCGGUGAAAAAAACUUCAAAGACACUGGAUAUAUCUUCUGAUGGUGCAGCAAUUAUACGAGAGAAAAAACCCCAUGGCAAAAGAGAAAAGAAUUACAACCAACCACAAGUAUGCGAAAUUUGUGGAAAUAUAUACCGGCGUCGCUACACUUUGGAAAUGCACAUGCGAAGACAUGGUGAUAAGAAAGAGUUUGAAUGCGAAAUUUGUAGUGAUGCGUUUCAUAGUAAUUUUGAAUUAAAUCGUCAUAUGAGAAAACACACUGGAUCUAAACCCUAUACAUGCAGUUAUUGUUCUCGAUCAUUUAGCGAUCAUUCAACUUUAACAAAACAUGAAAGAAUUCAUCGUAAUGAAAGACCUUUUAAGUGCGAGACUUGUGGCAAGAGUUUUACCUAUUCGACUGUUUUGAAAUAUCACAUGUACAUACAUACUGGAGAAAAACCAUAUGCUUGUGAAAUCUGUGGUAAAUGUUUUAUAAGGAAACAUCAUUUACGUGCUCAUUUGGAAACUUUACAACAUCAAAAUGAUUCGAGAGCUAAAAUACAAUUGGCAAAUAUAACAGAAAAUAAUAUGGGCCCAUAAAAAUCUGUUAUAAUUAAUGUUUUACUCACUGAUCUUAAUCGCGUGAAUAAAGAAAAUAACUUUGUGUUUAUGUUUACUAAAAUUGUUAAUCUUUUAUUAUCUUUCUUUUUGUGUUUUAUUAAAUCAUAAUAAAUUAUAAAAAUAUAUAUAUGAAAACAAACAUAUUUUUUCUGUUAUACUUGGAAAUAAUUAUAUUUAUAAACAAAUAAAA